CAUAAUGGGCACCUACUCCCAAGUGGCCUUGCCUCAGAGUACAGGCAGUGCAUUGCCUGUGGAGGGCAGAGGGAGCCAACUGCCUAGUCUGAAAUUCCUAGCCAUGAUCUCAGGCAAAGCUAAACACUCUUUAUGAAGAUGUGUAAGUCCACCAUCAACUUGCCCUGAGUCUCCAUUCCUGGGAUGUAGAGAAGGAAGGAAGUUGGCUAUAUAAUCAUCACCAACGAGAAGAGUUGCUGAGUGCUCCUAGGGUCCAUUUUCCCACACAGACACUCAACUGUGUGGCAAAAACAGAGGAAGAACCAAAGCGUUAAAAGAUCAUUGAUGUGCACUGAAGAAGGAGUCACUGCCCUCAGACACUGCCUCCUUCCAUGCCAAGAACUCGCUUCUCACCAUGAAGCUGCUGUUUCUUCUCUUUCUCCUUCUUAUAUGUUUUACGCAGAUAGGAUCAGGGCGCAGAGGAAAUUUGAAAUUUCGUCAGUGUGAGAAAAUGGGUGGCAUGUGCAAGUAUCAAAAAACCCAUGGAUGCUCCAUCCUGCCUGCAGAAUGCAAAAGUCGAUACAAACACUGCUGUAGGGUUUAAGGGCAGCUCACUGACAUGUGAGAUUCAGCAUGAGAGUAGGCACCUGCUCUGAUUUCUGAGUAAUAAAGACAUCAUAAUGCACA